AUGCCAGAUUUUGUUAUGCAUUUAUCAAAGGUUACGAAUCACUUGACUUUGGACUUCGUUAUACCAAACAAUGUUUGCAAGAUUAUCCAGAUUCACAUCAACUCUUUAUUCUCUGCUCCAAUUUUUUAUGGAUUCAAAUCAAAUUGGAAAGAGGGUUUAAAUUGUCUCAAACGCGCAAAAGAUAUUAUAAAGGAGAAAGGAUUGCCAGAAGAUCUUAACAUCAUAUACCAAACUGGUGUUUGUCGAUUGAAAUUGGAUGAAGAAAAUAAAUGUAAAGGAAAUACUGAAGCACUAAUUGCUGAUCUAUUGGAAUUUACACGACGUUGUGAAAAAGAUGACAGACAAAGACCAAAAUCAUUCUAUCAUAUUGCUUUCAGAUAUUAUUGUAUUAAACAGAUUGAAAAGGCAACUCAUUAUUACAAUUUGGGUUUGGAAACAGAGGUAGAUCAACUUCCAUUCUUUAUGCCCGUGAAAAGUACUCAAAAAGAAAUUGUAGAAGUAUAUUUGAAUGUGAUGAACCCUAAACCAGAGAUGUUUAAACAAAAAGCAAAGGAACCUCCAAAAACAACACCAACCUUCACCAAAGAUGAUUUGAAAAAGAAAAGCGAACAAACUUCUUCAACUACAACUUCAACAGAAACAUCUACAACUUCAACAACUACAUCAACAACUUCAACAACCUCAACAACAAUAAGAUUAGCACCAUCAGUAUUGGAUAUACACAGAGCAAGAUUAUCAGUGGAAUCUAAACAACGUGAAGUAUAUGCUUCAAAGAUACGUGACUUUAUUAGUCAUAUAAAUUCAAAACCAACACCAGGUACCCAACAUGUACAACAAUCAAUCUCGCCAAUACAUAUUACUGCUAGAAAAGCACCUCAAGACAUUGGUGAUAAAUACAAAGAGAUUGUCGUCAAUGAAUUUGAUCCAAAUCGUGAUAUGGUUUACAAAGGAAGAUUCUUAAAAGGUAUCAUUGUUGAACGUCUCAUGAAGGCUGGAAACAUGGGUGCUCAUUCGAUUUUGAUGGACAACAAAGGAAAUUAUUUGAGAAUUAUGAUAUAUGAUGAAUCAGUCAAGAACCAAUCGGUUGCCGAUCAAACUCUAUAUGUUGGUCAAGGUAUCACCAUCAUUGAUCCAUAUCUUAGAGUCGGUUUGGAUGGAGUUGGAGCAAUCAGAGUCAAUUCCCUAAAAAAUCUUUUUACUGACGGAGCCAAACCCAACCAAGUGUGUUUCUAUUGCUUCAAAGAAUCAGAUAAACUUCAAAGAUGUGGAAAUUGCAAGAGUUCAUAUUAUUGUUCAAGAGAUUGUCAAGCCGGUGAUUAUAAACUUCUCAAACAUAAAUCAAUUUGUUUCAAACCAUAA